UUUAUUUAUCUGCCUCCUCUUCCGCAUUCUUCCGCUUCAUUCUAUCGUAUUACUUCUCUUCGCAAAUUCUGUCUGCACUCUAUUCUACCCGAGUCGAAUUGUGGUUGUCGUGUGGUCUCCCAUGGCGUUCGCCGAUGCCGUCUCGCUGUCGUCCACACGCCGCAGCCUCCGGUGCCUCCUCUUCAGCUCCUCCUCUUCCUCCUCCAGGCCCCACGCCGCCGCCGACUGGAACCACCCCCUCAUCGCGCCCCCUCCUCCUCCUCCACCGCCGCCGUCGCCGGGCAAGAAGAGGGGGAUCACGGCGGCAGCGUUCCGCGGGCUCGGGUGCGCGUCGGCGGCGGCGUCGGAUGCGCACGCGCCGGCCGCCGCCGCAGCGAGGGCGUCGGCGGACUGGCAGGGGAAGCGGCCUCGGGGGAGGAGGGGGAAGAAGAGAAGGAAGAAGAAGGAGAGGGGGAGCCAGGUGGGCGGGGGGGACCUCUGGUGCGCCCCCGGGAUGCCGUUCGCCGCCGAGGCGUCGGUGGACUGCGUCGCGGCGCACCAGCCGAUGGUGGGGAGAGGAAGGCUGGAUGCUGCGUCCGAGCGGAUCCACAGAGAGGUAGUACGACGGUUUUUCAUCCCUAGAAGGGUCAGCCACCAAGAACAGAUCUCAUCAUUCAUGUAUUCUCCCCCAGAUCUCAGUACACCAUUUUUUGGACAAGAUCUUUUACCAUCAGGGCAUCUUCAUCGCUUGCAAGGAUAUCAUCGGACUCCCAGUGGGCUUGAGGUGAUCAUGAUGUUCCAGAGUCGAGUUUUGUUAGGUGGUGGACUGGAUGUAUACGAUCAGUUCCGGGAUUGGCGACUUGAUGUUGAUAAUAUGUCAUACGAGGAACUGCUUGAGCUAGGUGAAAAAAUCGGGCAUGUGAGCACGGGGUUGAGAGAGGAAGAGAUUGCACGCAGCCUCAGGAAAAUAAAGCAUUCAGUUUUUGGUGCUUCAGCAAGACAUUUAUCAACUGAAACUGAAUGGAAGUGCAGCAUAUGUCAAGAAGAAUACGAAGUCAGCGAUGAAACAGGAAGGUUGGAGUGUGGCCAUGGCUAUCAUAUGCAUUGCAUUAAGCAGUGGCUUCUGCUAAAAAAUGCUUGCCCUGUUUGCAAGUCACCUGUUCUUAAAACCUAAUGUUGUUGAUCGACACUGGAAGCCACAUUCCUCACUGUUCUUCCCCUUUUCCCUGUACAGCUUUCAGCUCUCUGACAUACAGUGUAUUAUUAAUUCAUUUGGGUUGAUUAUACCUACUAUUAAGAUUGUGGUA